GGCCAUUUUGAAUAAAUAUCGUAGGCACACGUAGGCGAGCCGAAGAUUUUUUAUAAUUUUCCGCUGCUGCAGGCCUCAAAAGCGCCCAGAGCUAGUAACAAAAUCUACCUAAAGUGCCGGUGCAUAGCAAUCCAAACAAUCGAAGAUGGCCCGUUACACGCAACGUCCGGAAAAUGCUCUGAAGAGGGCCAAUGAAUUCAUCGAGGUGGGAAAGCCCCUGCGAGCGCUGGACACCCUCCAGGAGGUGUUCCGCAACAAGCGCUGGAACUAUGCCUACUCGGAGUCGGUUAUUGAGCCGCUCAUGUUCAAGUAUCUGGAGCUGUGCGUGGAGCUCAAGAAGUCCCACAUCGCCAAGGAGGGCCUGUUCCAGUACCGCAACAUGUUCCAGCUGGUGAACGUAAACUCGCUAGAGAACGUGAUUCGCGGCUACCUUAAGAUGGCCGAGGCGCACACCGAAGCCGCUCAGGCGCAGUCCUCCGCGGCUGUGGCCGUGCUGGAGCUGGAUGACUUGGACAACAUCGCUACGCCCGAGAGUAUUCUGAUGAGCGCCGUGUGCGGCGAGGACGCCCAGGACCGCUCCGACCGCACCAUCCUGCUGCCGUGGGUAAAGUUCCUGUGGGAGUCGUACUGUCAGUGCCUGGAGCUGCUGCGCGUGAACACGCACUGCGAGGCCUUGUAUCACGAUAUCGCCCGCAUGGCCUUCCAGUUUUGCCUGAAGUAUAACCGAAAGAGCGAGUUUCGGCGGCUAUGCGACAAGCUGCGCAAGCACUUGGAGGACAUCUGCAAGAGCAGCAACCAAACCACCGGCGUGUCGAUCAACAAGGUGGAGACGCAGCAGCUGUGCCUGGACACCAGGUUGUAUCUGCUCGACUCGGCCAUUCAGAUGGAGCUGUGGCAGGAGGCCUACAAGGCGAUCGAGGACAUCCACGGUCUGAUGGCACUUUCCAAGAAGACACCCGUGCCCAAGACAAUGGCCAACUACUACCAGAAGCUAGCGAUGGUCUUCAGCAAGGCGGGCAAUCAGCUCUUCCAUGCUGCAGCCCUGCUGAAGCUUUUCCAACUGACGCGCGAGCUGAAGAAGAACCUGACCAAGGAGGAUCUGCAGCGCAUGGCUGCCCACGUUCUCCUGGCCACCCUGUCUAUUCCUCUGCCGUCGGCCCACCCGGAGUUCGACAGGUUCAUCGAGGCGGACAAGAGCCCGCUGGAGAAGGCUCAGAAGCUGGCCGUGCUUCUCGGUCUGCCCCAGCCACCCACUCGAGUGUCCCUCAUUCGCGAAGUGGUGCGUUUGAACGUGCCGCAACUAGUUUCAGAGGACUUCCGCAACCUGUACAACUGGCUGGAAGUUGACUUUAACCCUCUGAACCUGUGCAAGCGCAUUCAGUCUAUUGUGGACAUAAUCGAGAGCGGAACGCCCGAGAACAAUCUGCUGACCGCCUACAUUCAGUCGCUAAAGGACGUGACCAUCAUGCGUCUGAUUCGCCAGAUCUCUCAGGUGUACGAGAGCAUUGAGUUCAAGCGCCUGCUAGAGCUGGCUAGCUUCUGCAAUAUCUUCGAGCUGGAGAAGCUGCUGGUUGAAUCCGUACGCCACAACGACAUGCAGAUCCGCAUCGAUCACCAGAAGAACAGCAUCUACUUCGGCACCGAUCUGACCGAGAGCCAGCGUGAGUACCGGCCCGAUGGACCAGCACUGCAGUCUAUGCCCUCCGAGCAAAUCCGUUCCCAGCUUGUCAACAUGUCCACCGUGCUGACUCGUGCCGUCUCCAUCGUUUACCCUAACCGGGAGCGUGACCAGCGCGCCAAGCUGCGUACCCAGAUGGUGCACCACUAUCACGAGAUCAAAGACCGUGAGCACCAGCGCAUCCUGCAGAGGCAGAAGAUCAUCGAGGACCGCAAGGAGUACAUUGAAAAGCAAAACAAUGCGCGCGAAGAGGAGGAGGCCCGUCGGCAAGAGGAAGAGUCCCGCAAGGCCAAGCUGGCUGAGCAGAAGCGUCUUGAAAAGGAACAGGAGGAGCGGGAACUCAAGCGUCACCAGAACGAGAUUCAAGCCAUUCGCGAGAAGAGUCUCAAGGAGAAGGUUCAGCAAAUCUCGCAAACCGCCCAUGGCAAAAAGAUGCUCUCCAAGCUGGACGAGGAAGGCAUCAAGAAAUUGGAUGCCGAGCAGAUCGCAAAGCGUGAAAGUGAAGAGCUGCAGCGCGAGGCUAAGGAACUGCAGUCUAAGCUUAAGUCCCAGGAGAAGAAGGUUGAUUACUUCGAGCGUGCCAAGCGCCUGGAGGAGAUUCCGUUGUUCGAGAAGUACUUGGCUGAAAAGCAGGUUAAGGACAAGGAGUUCUGGGAGGCCACCGAGAAGACACGCAUCGAAAAUGCUAUCGCUGAACGCAAGGACGCCGUUAGCCAGCAGGAGCGUCUCAAGCGCAUGUACCCCGAUCGGGAUGAAUACCUCGAGGCUCUCAAGAAGGAGCGUGCCUCCCUUUACGUCGAGAAGCUCAAAAAGUUCGAGAUUGCCCUGGAAGCGGAGCGCAAGAAGCGUCUGGCCGAACGCGUUAUUCGUCGCCGCGAGGAACGUCGUCAAGCCUUCCUUCGUGAAAAGGAGGAGGAGCGUCUCCGCAAGGAGGAGGAAAUUCGCUUGGCGCAGGCAGCCGAGGAACGUGCGGCAGCGGAGGCCCGCCGUCUGGAGCGUGAGGCCGAGGACGAGAAGCGUCGCGCCCAGUACGAGAAGCAACGUGCCAAGGAAGAGGAGGCAGAGCGCAAGAUCAAAGAGGACCGUGACCGUCUUGCCCGAGAGGUUGCCGUGGAACGUGAGCGCAGCGAGAAGGAGCGUGACACCUGGCGUCCGCGUGGUGGGGACCGGCCCAACGCCCCUGCCGGUGGAGCCGGAGAGUGGCGACGUGCUGCACCCGCACCCAGUGAUCGCAACGAACGUGGAGGAGAACGCACAGAGCGCGGAGGUGAUCGUAUUGAACGUGGAGGAGAACGCACCGAGCGCGGAGGUGACCGUAUGGAGCGUGGAGGAGAGCGCGGUGAGCGUGGAGGAGAACGCAUGGAUCGUGGAGGAGACCGAGACCGCAAGGACAACGAUGGAGCGGACUCCUCGUGGCGUGUGCGACGAGAGCCCGACUCCCAGCGUUCUGCUGCACCCAAGGACACCAGCGGUGCACCUCAGUCACGGGAUGACAAGUGGCGUCGUGGUGGAGACCGAGACCGUGAACGUGAUCGUGACUUCCGCAACGACGGCCCACGCCGGGACCGUGAUGAUGACCGUGACCGCGGUGGCUUCCGUCGCAACGACGGUCCCCGUCGCACCGAUGAGCCACGUGGAGAAACCGGUGGUAACUGGCGCGACGCUCCGCGUCAAAGUGAUCGGGACAACCGUCGUCCUGCUGGCGACAGGCGUGAUGCUGGACGUGAUGCCGGGCGAGAUGCUGGCCGUGAUGGACGCGAAGUACGCGGUGAUUUGCGCGGACCUGCCCCCAAGGAAGCCGGCAGUGGUGGCGGUGGCGGUGGCGGAAACUGGCGUACUGCUCCGGGACCUCGCGAUGAAAAGCCUGCCCCCAAGCGAGACCAGCCUCAAGACAAGGAAAACAAAGCCGCCGAUGAUGGCGAAUGGACCAGCGUCAAGCGUCGUUAAAGUGUUCACCCAUGUUCUGGCGUCCUAAUACGUAGUUGUCCUGCAUUUUCCGUAUAUACACAACAUAUUAAUCUUAAUACGUUUUCAUUUUAUGCGACUUGUACUUUAUUGGAAUAGAGUCAAGUUUGGCUCCGUAUAUCACAUCUACCCAAUGCUUGUGCCAGAGUUGGUCGGCGGUCAGUCCGCUGCUCAUUAAAGUACUUUCGAAUAAAAUAACCAUGUUCUAAAUAA